CGAGUUUGGGAAACCCUGAUCUAGACACAUAAUAGCUAUGAACGCUCUACUCCGUUCUCUUAAAUCGAGGCGAAUGUUUGCUAGUAAAAUGUAUCAAAACUCAACUCCGCCUCGAUAAGACUACGGAGUUGAGUGUUCCUCAGCUCGCCCAAUAAUAUAAUAUUUAACACACCGACAGCGUCAUUGCCCAAAAUAGUAUGCUGCAUCAUCUGGAUAUGUAUGUAACAAAAGUUCAACAUUCACCUUCUGCUACCAUUUCUGUGAAGCCUUCCACGCAUACAGUUUGACGCAUACGUUCGAUAAAUCCAACGUAUGCAUCACACCGAACGCACUGCAACGGAAACGCAGUGUUUCAUUGGAAAUGAGUGUAAUUCUGGUGUACCAAAAUGCAAUGACGCUGUAGGAUGCGUUCGAAGUGCAACCCUAUAAAGAUGGGAAUCUAACAAGUCAGAGCUUUGGAGAAGUAAUCAUGGCCACCCAGCCCUCACAGACUCCAUCCUUACGCUUUGGCCAGGUGGUCAUAGGACCUCCUGGCUCAGGUAAAACCACAUACUGCCGGGGGAUGCAGGAGUUCUUGAGUCACUUGGGACGGAAGGUAGUUGUGGUGAACAUGGACCCUGCAAAUGAAGGGCUCCCAUACCCCUGUGCCGUGGAUAUUUCAGAGCUGGUCACCCUAGAUGACGUGAUGGAGGGUUUGAAGCUGGGGCCCAAUGGUGGACUCCUGUACUGCAUGGAGUACCUGGAGGCCAAUCUGGACUGGCUGGAAACCAAGUUAGAGGAACAUAGCGACUGUUACUUUCUGUUUGACUGUCCGGGCCAGGUGGAGCUGUACACCCACCAGAACUCAGUGAAAAACAUAUUUGCUCAGCUGGCCAAGUGGAACUUCAGGCUGACUGCAGUGCACCUUGUGGACUCUCAUUACUGCGCUGACCCAGCUAAGUUCAUCUCAGUGCUGUGCACCUCCCUCUCCACUAUGCUGCACGUGGAGCUACCCCACGUCAACGUCCUCUCCAAGAUGGACCUCAUCGAGCAGUACGGCAAACUGGCCUUCAACCUGGACUUCUACACAGAUGUUAUGGACCUGACAUAUCUGCUGGAUCACUUGGCUGCUGACCCUUUCUUUAGGAAGUUCCUCAAACUAAAUGAGAAACUUGCAGGGGUCAUACAAGACUAUGGCCUUGUCUCUUUUGUGCCUCUCAAUGUGCAGGACAGGGAGAGCAUGACGCAGGUCCUGCGGACUGUGGACAAGGCCAACGGCUACUGCUUCGGCAACCUGGAGGAGAGGAACCUGCAAGCAAUGAUGUCAGCCGCUGUGGGAGCAGACUUCCAGUUCACCGCAACUCUAGGAGUGCAAGAGAGGUAUGUUGAAGAUGGUGAAAAGACCGUGGAGGAGGAGGUGAUGGAUCUGUAAAACAACAGACACCCAUCAAUGGAUGCUGCUGACUUCGAUGUUGCUUGCACUGGACCAGCAAAGGACCGACAGUACAACAUUUGUCCCGUGGAAUUGGAGUGUCAAGCGCACCAAAUGCUAUUCUUCUUUGACUGAACACGUAAAUAACUUUUAUCUUGAUAUGGCUGCCUCUGGUUAUAUAGAGAGGAGAGAAGGGUGGAGAAAGGGUUAGAAGCAUCAGUCUGCAAAUAGAAUCCAAAUCAACUGCUUCUUACCACACAAUCCAAGAAUUGGAUCAAUCUGGGUUAAGAGUUUGAAUUUAUAUAUCCUUGGCUUUGUGGCUGGUUUAUAAUGCUAGUGUUAGUACAGACUACAGUGUGUUGUUUAGUUGGAUGCAAAUGUUGAUCUCUUAUUCUGCCAGUGAAAAAGAUGGACAAAUCCAGGAGCUCUGGACUACAGAUAAUUAUUUACAUAUUGAAAUGAGAAAUACCCUGGUGUGGGGCAGUUUGGUCAGCCCUUCAGUCUAUAAGGUGUGUACAUUGGGUAUGAAUCCCUUUGCAGAUCAGCAAAAUCAACUGUUAAAAGUGUUUUUUACAUUUCAUUAAUAAAGUUUGUGAAGAGUUGGUCUUACAUGCAUGUA